ACUCUUUUCAAUCACUUUUGUGUCCUGUUCUCAGUUUUUGAGGGUUACCAAAGUUGAAAAAAACAAUAGACUGAGUAACAAUUGAACAUGUUGGUGCCCUGUUGUGCCUACAUGGCCCGUGGGGAUUUUGUUUUUUCAUUUCGCUGGAAUGUAAAAUGCAAUCCGUUGUGGAUUGAUUUUUUUUUGCCAUCUAUAAGUUCUGCACAAACAGCAAACGGCUUUAUCUGGGUUGGAACAGCAAGCAGGGUCUGAUUGGGGGUGAAGCGUAGUUUGAUGUGGCUUCAGAAUGUUACCAGGAUGAAAAAAAAAAUGGAGUGAUUCAAUGUUAUUUAUUAUAUAUACAUCUGUAUUUGUCGCUGGAUUUAAUGGUUAACACCCAGGAAUGCCAGACUAAAGAUGGGUGAUUGGAACUUCCUGGGAGGGAUUUUGGAGGAGGUGCACAUCCACUCUACCAUCGUCGGGAAGAUCUGGCUGACGAUCCUCUUCAUCUUCCGCAUGCUGGUCCUCGGGGUGGCAGCUGAAGAUGUAUGGAACGACGAGCAGGCCGAGUUUAUCUGCAACACGGCUCAGCCUGGGUGCAGGAACGUCUGCUACGACAAGGCUUUCCCCAUCUCACUCAUACGCUACUGGGUCCUGCAAGUCAUCUUUGUCUCCUCACCCUCCUUGGUGUACAUGGGCCAUGCUUUGUACAGACUGAGGGCCCUGGAGAAGGAAAGACAAAAAAAGAAGGCACAACUACGAAGAGAGCUGGCUGUGGACAUAGACCUGGUCGAAGUUCGAAAGAAACUGGAGCGAGAACUUAGACAACUGGAGCAAAGGAAGCUGAACAAAGCCCCGCUCAGAGGAUCUCUACUCCGCACGUACGUGAUGCACAUCGUUACGAGGUCUGGGGUCGAAGUUGGAUUCAUGGUCGGGCAAUACUUCCUCUAUGGCUUCCAGCUUGACCCACUCUUUAAAUGUGAGAGGGAACCGUGUCCAGAAGUAGUCGACUGUUUUGUGUCACGGCCAACUGAAAAGACAGUGUUCAUGAUGUUUAUGCAGUGCAUAGCAGCACUCUCGUUAUUCCUCAACAUUCUUGAAGUCAUCCAUUUAGGAUACAAGAAGCUAAAAAAUGGAAUUUUAGACUAUUAUCCAAACCUUAGAGAUGAUCUGGAUGAUUACGACAUGAGCAAAUCUAAGAAGAACUCUGUGAUCCAACAGGUUUGCAUCGGGAUGUCUACGGGCCAUAAAGCCACCAUCCCCACGGCACCCAGUGGGUACACCCUACUGAUGGAGAAGCAAGGAGAUGCACCGCUUUACCCCAUCCUGAACCCGUCUUCUGCUUUCAUGCCCAUUCAGGGUGAUCCAAAUGGGAACACAAAGAGCUGUCCAGAAAGCCACAAGGAGAGCUCAAAUCAGAGCGCUGGGGAACAGAACAGCAGCUCAAACAAUACAGUGCUAAACAAGUCCCCCAAGGCCAACAGUUUGCCAAAGCAGGGGGAGCAAGAUGAUCAUUCCCACAGCACAGCCCGCCAUUCUGGUGGGGAUCGUCUUUCUGAAGGUCCUGGGGAAUCUGGAUCCUCCUUGUACCCUGCGCUCCAGGGGGAGUUGUCAUCCUGCCCGACAAUGCAGGUCAGUUCCAGCCGGAAGCCGCGACGCGUCAGUGCUCCGUGGAACUGCACAACGGUGGUGGAAAGCAACGGAUCCAACGGUGACGGGGCUGUCAGCAGCAGCCACCAGGGAAGAUGCAGCUUCAGUGCCACUAAGGCUAGGGCGGCCUCUAAGUCUGACCUCAAACGACUCAGCCGGCCAGAUACCCCGGACUCAAUUGGGGAAUCAAGCUCAGAGUCGAAGCAGAGUCGUAAUUGUGACAGCCCACAGGCCCUCUCCCCCGCUCGGCGAAUGUCAUUGGCAAGUAACGCCAGCAGCAGGCGCGCCCCCACCGAUCUUCAGAUCUAAGCAUCACCAUACUGCAGCUUUCCACCAUCAUGAAAAAGCAUUGAUAUAGUAGUGGCCUACAGCUCACUGAACAGUUUAUGUACAAUACAUACAUAUUUAUUGGCUAUUUGGAAUGGUCACUGAUGCAUACACACACUAGGUGACAAGGAUUGAAUACUGUCUUGUUAAGCCUGUUGUGCCCAAUUAUUAUUUUAUAAUGUACAGUUUCACUUCUAUUUAGCAUGCUUUUUUUUUUUUAAAUCUGUAGAAUUCCUUGUUGGAUUACACGUACUUGGCAAAUCAUGACAAAUUCUAAUUAAAAAAAAAAUGCUUUUGCUGGGAUUCUGUUUUCUUUCAC